UUGUCAGCCGGGUUAUGUUGAUAAGAACUUGAUCUCCCGGUUGUUUACGAUUGUCUGUGGUCUUUGGUCGUAAAAUCAUCGUUACAUAAGAGGAGAGAGUGGAAAAUUGAUAAACUAAAGCCGGUCCUGGAAUUUAUUUACUGUUUCCCCAGUGCUUCAGUCAGCUGGCCAUCUCAAGUUACUCUCCUGAGCUUCCUAUCGCUUUGUUUUCUUUUUUUAUCUCCUCUUUUUUCUUGUGAUAAGCAAUACAGUGUCAGAGACAAGGAGAAAAUGUCUUCCUUUGCCCUCGGAGCUACUUUCUGUCGUCAACUACUGGCGGGAUUCAAGGUCUUCCGGAGUACUGGGCGCAAUCUUAGUUUACUGGAGUAUCAAUCGAAGCAGUUGCUUGAUGAGUGUGGAGUUUCUAUCCAGAAAUUCAGGGUACUCGCGGCUAAAAAUGAUGCUGGUCGUCUGAGUGACUUCCAAGUCCCUGAAUAUGUGGUCAAAGCUCAGAUUUUGGCCGGUGGACGUGGUAAGGGGCAUUUUGACAAUGGUUUCAAGGGAGGAGUGCACAUUACAAGGAAGUCUGAUGAAGCUGUUUCCCUGGCGGACAAGAUGUUAGGCCAAAAACUCAUAACAAAGCAGACUCCUAAAGAGGGAAUCCUCGUGAGGAAGGUCAUGGUGGCGAAGAGUGUGGAUAUUGUGAGGGAGACAUAUCUCUGCAUCCUCAUGGAUCGCGAUCACAAUGGACCGGUUUUGAUUGCUUCUCCAGCUGGUGGGAUGGAUAUUGAAGCUGUUGCCGAGGAGACUCCUGAGAAGAUUAAAACUGUACCCAUUGACAUUACAAAAGGCAUCACAAGAGAUCAGAGUUCUGCUGUGGCAGAUUUCUUGGAGUUCAAAGGAGCUCUCAAGGAGAAGGCUGCUCAAGAGAUAGAGAAAUUGUGGCAGCUCUUCCUAAAGGUAGAUGCUGUUCAGAUUGAGAUUAAUCCUUUGGCAGAAACGAGUGAAGGAGAAGUGAUCUCUGUGGAUGCCAAACUCAAUUUUGACGACAAUGCUCAGUUCAGACAGAAGAGAAUUUUUGAUAUGGAGGAAGAGACUGAAGCCGAUGCCCAGGAAGUUGAAGCUGCUAAGAACAAUCUCAACUAUAUUUCCAUGGAUGGGAAUAUUGGGUGUUUGGUGAAUGGAGCUGGUCUUGCCAUGGCCACAAUGGAUAUUAUCAAACUUAACGGAGGAAAUCCGGCCAAUUUUCUCGAUGUGGGCGGAGGUGUCAAAGAGGAUCAAGUACUGAAGGCAUUCCAGAUCCUCUUGUCAGACACGAAAGUUAAGGCGAUUUUAGUGAAUGUCUUCGGUGGAAUCGUAAAUUGUGCCACAAUUGCCAAUGGAGUGGUCAAUGCUUCCAAAGCCAUUGACGUCAAGGUGCCAGUUGUUGUUCGAUUGGCUGGAACUAAUGCUGAAGAAGCUCGCAAUAUCAUCGUCUCUUCGGGACUCAAUCUUAUUCCCGCCACAGAUUUGGAUGAUGCAGCCACGAAAGCCGUGAAAUCCUUACCUCACUGAUUUCCAGCAAAAAUUGCGUGUUCAGAAAAGACACCCCUCUCCCGGUUGAUGUCCUUUUUGGGAAAAAUCCCUCGAACAAAUCCUAGACGGCAUUUAUCAGUGUGACUAUUUUGCUACAUUAUUUUUUUUCACAAAAGUUUUGCAGUUUUGCAGAUUAGAAUUUAGGGCGAAAUAAAUUUUUAUUGCAGUAA